AUGUACAGAAGACAACGAAGCAACGGUGGCGCCAGUGCACCGUUCAGACCGCCACGUAUCAACAUACCCAGUGUCUCCAAUAGUAACAAGAACACAGUGGAAAGAACUAACAAUGAAGCAUCAAAAGAAAAUAUAGAUCCAAUUGAAACAAAAGCUGAAGAAAGACAGGUAAAACCAGUGCCAAAUGUUGUACCCACAAGAUCAUCAGGAUUCAAACCAAUGGUACCCAAGAGAACACUGGUUGCUGGUGGUAGUGGUAAUAAUAUAGGUGAACAUGCCAAAAGAGCUCAAAAAGAUGCUAUUCCUGGUCAUGAACGGUUCUUUGAGAUUGUAUGGAGAAAGCAAACCAUGAAGAAGAAUAAAACUUGGGAUGGUGAUGGAUUUAUAAUAUUGACUUCAAAUUUCAUAUCUCUGCGUGCUGAUGAUUCUUUGAAUUAUAAAGAACUUAAUAAACAAUCAAAUAUUUCAAAAUUUACCACUGAUGGUGUUUUCUCCAUGGGUAGUUAUGAAGUUGAAGUUAGUUCUGAAAUAACCAAUGAUCAUGAGAUUGAAAAAUUGAAAUUUGAUGCUAAAUUAGGGAAACUAGGUGGUGCUGGAUCAUCACAAGUACCUACACCUAUUAUGGUGAAACAAGAAGCAAAAUCAAUACCCAUUUCUAUCAAAAGAGAACCAAAACCACCAAUAAUUAAUAAACAAUUUAAACAAGUUGUUCCUACAGAUCCUAAACCUAUGAAAGGUGAACCAUUAUAUGAUCCAUCAUUAGAAGGAGCCAUUAUAAUGACCAAAGCAUCAUCAAAUGACACAGAUGUUGUUAUUGAUCCAUUUUUGGGUAAAAAAUUACGUCCUCAUCAAGUUCAAGGUGUUAAAUUUCUUUAUGAAUGUUUAAUGGACCUUCGAGGAUUUGAUGGUCAAGGUGCACUAUUAGCUGAUGAUAUGGGUCUUGGUAAAACUUUGAUGACAAUAACUACACUGUGGACUUUAUUAAAACAAUCACCAAAAGGUUUUGAAACUCCAGUUGUUAAUAAAGUUCUUAUUGCAUGUCCUGUUACAUUGAUUGGUAAUUGGAAAAGAGAAUUUAAAAAAUGGUUACCAAUGAAUAGAUUAAAUGUCUUAACACUUAGUUCUAAAAAUACAACCUCCAAGGAUAAACAAGAUGUUAAAAAUUUUGCUAGAACAAAAGUUUAUCAAGUAUUAAUUAUGGGUUAUGAAAAAAUAUUAAAUAUGAAAGAUGAAUUAAAAUUAUCUAAAUUUGAUUUAUUAAUUUGUGAUGAAGGUCAUAGAUUGAAAAAUAAUUCAAAUAAAACAUUACAAGUUUUAAAUUCAUUAGAAAUUUCUAAAAAAAUAUUAUUAUCAGGUACACCAAUUCAAAAUGAUUUAUCUGAAUUUUUCAAUAUUAUUGAUUUUAUUAAUCCAGGUAUCUUGGGUAAUUUUAAUCAAUUUAAAAGAAAUUUUAUGAAUCCAAUUUUAAAAUCAAGAGAAACAAAUUGUAUUAAUCCUGAAAUUAAAUCUAAAGGUAAUGAAAAAUCUCAAGAAUUAAUUGAUAUUACUAAACCAUUCAUAUUAAGACGUACAAGUGCUAUAAUGUCAAAUCAUUUACCACCAAGAACUGAUAUAGUAUUAUUUUGUCGUCCAACAAACCUGCAAAUUAAUUUGUUUAAUGAAGUCUUAGGUUCAACAAAUUUUGACAAUAUGAUUUCCAAAACCACAGCAUCAGGUUCAUUAUCUUUAAUUACAAUGUUUAAAAAAAUUUGUAAUUCACCAUCAUUAAUUAUAAAUGAUAAAACUUUCAAUCAAAUAUCAGAUGUUAAAAUAUCAAAUCAAAUAACAAGUGGUAAAAUUCAAGUUUUAAUCGAAUUGUUAAAUGAAAUCUCAUCAAAAACAAAUGAAAAGGUAAUUUUAGUUUCAAAUUAUACUCAAACUUUAGAUAUAUUACAAAACAUUUUAUUAAAAUUAAAUUUAACUUAUCAAAGACUUGAUGGCUCUACUCCAAAUAAAGAUAGAGAUUCAAUUGUUAAUACUUUCAAUACAACAUCUUCAAUUUCAAAUUUUGCUUUUCUUUUAUCAUCAAAAUCAGGUGGUGUUGGAUUAAAUUUAAUUGGUGCUUCAAGAUUAAUCUUAUUUGAUAAUGAUUGGAACCCAGCUAUCGAUUUACAAGCAAUGGCAAGAAUUCAUAGAGAUGGUCAAAAAAAACCUGUUUUCAUUUAUAGAUUAGUUACAACGGGUUGCAUUGAUGAAAAAAUUUUACAACGUCAAUUAAUGAAGAAUAAUUUAUCUGAUAAAUUUUUAGAUAAUCAAAAAAAUUCAAAAGAUGAUUUAUUUGAUUCAAUUGAUUUAAAAGAUUUAUUUACUUUAAAUUUAUCAACAAAUUCAAAUACUCAUGAUUUAAUGAGAUGUGAUUGUGAAGGCAAAGGAAUAGAUAUAACCAUAGAUGAAAGUGAUGAAGAAGAGGAAGAGGAUGAAGAAGCUGAACCUGAAAAGGCAACAAAAUCAAAUAGUUGGGUAUCAGCACUGGAAGUUAAAAAUAAUUCCACUGAUGAAAAUAUGGAAAAAUCUAAAAAUAUUAAAAAAUGUUUAAUCGAUUAUAGACAUAUUGAUCCAAAAUUAAUUAAAACUAAUGAAGAUAUUGAUAUUGGUGAUUUGAUUACAGAAUCAAUUGUUAAUAAAACCUCAGAUUUAGUUUCAUUCAUCUUGACAAAAGUUAAUAAAACAAGUUUAUAA